AGGAUUCCCCGGAGUCGCAGGAACUCGCUUCAUUGACCGUCGGUGGCUUUACCCACAUCUUCGAAGACUAAUCGCAUCCCGCAUUCAGUUCGAACGCGAUCGCACAACCGAACAGAGCUGUUUACUUGCGCGAUACAGCGAUAACCUUCGCCUUACGCAUUCUGGUCAAGUCUAGCGAUAAGGAAAGAGAUCGAGCACCAUCAACAGCAGGAGCUACACGUACAGUUCUUUGUCAGUGGUGCCCAGGCAGAGAUCAUACGAUCGGUAAACGUCGCUGGUGGAACGGAAAUGAAGCCCUCGUGUGUGAUUGUGUUGGCGAUUGUGGUAGGAUUAGGAGAGGCAGGUUUUCUCGAUUGGUUCCGGAGCAACAAAAACAAGGGACAUGAGGUGUGCCGAGUUGACUUCGAGGUGUUCGAUCCGAAGGGACUGCGUCUUUGGACGCCUCAAAAGGCUGGCCUGAAAUCGUUCGGUGUAGAGCUGUUUAUCAAUCCCGUGCGUGGCAAAAAGCCGGUCUGUAACUUCUGCCAAACCACGAGCAACGUUACUCAGGGCAAGUUCUUCCUGCAGUCUGAUGAUGUGAUCAUUAAGAGUGGCGACAUCUUGGAAUAUGUGAUCGUGACGUUUAACGGCGAAACCACGCAGCGUCACAAGCCACGGAAACUAAUCGUGGAUGAUUAUCUUAUCAAAGCAAAAGGACGGUGUAGCUGCCCGACCAAUGUCACUCCACCGACUCCUACCGACACUGCGCGACAAGUGCUGACGGAUCCGACAGCGGAGAUCGCACUGCUCGAACGUAUCCUUCAGAGUGUUUCCAAACGAUGCGCCGAUGGUACGAUGUCCAACUAUCUCUUCCUACAGCUGGACCGUGUCGAGGGAGCGACCGUCGAUCUGAAACAGCUCGUAGUGGAAUAUUUCAACAAAAAGGCCGCCCUAAAGCCGCUGGCCGGUAGCAUUCAAUCGGCCGAAGAUGGAUCGGAUGGGAUCGUGUUCAAGGUAUCGGGGAUAAUCGAGAAACUGAAGAUCUUGGAACUGACCCGCGCCGAGAGUGACAUCAUUGACUACGAUAAGCUAGCGGCAAUCGAUGAUAUCGACAUUCGCCUCUCGUUUGACGAGCAGUAGGCAUGGGGUGUAAAGCGAUCGAACGAUCGUCACACGAAAUUACGGGUAAUCCUCGAUUGAGGAGUUUUUUUUUCAAUAAAAAGCCAAUUGCAGUAUGAGAGCGUGA